GUGCGGGGUACGCACUACUAUGCAGCGGUGAAAAAUCACACUGCGCCGGAUGUCGAUGUGGUCAGCACUGCCGUGUCCAUAAUCGUUAGCACUACUUCCAGCAUGCCCGAGAAAUGGAACGGCAAUCUGAGCGCGGGAUGCUGCCAUCGACAGACGAUACAAUUCCCAUGGGCCUUCCAGCUAAGCGUGCAAUCUCCGAUGACGAGGAUGCCGCGCGUCCAAGCAAACCCAAAAGGCCUUCUGCAGCAACCUACGCACGUGCGCCCUCCUCUCUGUUCAGUGGCAUUAGUCCGUCACGUCCAGGACCAUCAACAAGCAACCUAAUCGCGCCACCGGUUAUUGCUGACGUCCCACCAAGCAAUCUGGAUGUGCUGCACGAACUGCAGGCCAUAAAAUCCUUAUUUUUAGAUGAGUUGUGUCUCAUUCGAUCAGAAUUGGUCGGCCAUCGUCGCAUGUCCGAAGCGAUGUUGCAAAUGCUACAACGACAAUCCCAAAGUGUUGCGCCGGGACUAUCUCUGCCAUUCAUCUCUCUCAGUGAGCUAAAGAGAUAUGAUGAACGGCUGAAGGACCCCGAUUUCAAAAUCAGAGUCGUCAACCAUUUAUGUGCUGUGCACGGUGAUAACAUACAACUCAUCGUCCGGGGUACCAUGGAGCGGCUAAUGACAAGAUCAGUUGCCGCGGAGAUAAAUUACUCCGGCGCUAGAGGUUCCUUUGCAUUCAGGCGAACAAAUAUGAACGGCCUUGUACAAGGCCUCAUUCGGCAACGCAUGGGUGAUGCAGCCUCGGAUGCUGACAUUACACGGCACAUCAAAACGUGGUUGCAUUCUGCACGGCACAAAAGACCGCCGGUUGAGCAAACUAAAGUAUGCAGUACGAAUGAGCCUCCUACGUUGACACUCGCGGAAGCAGAUUAAGAAUAUUGACUAUGCCGCUUUCUGCUACUAACGUUCUUUGUACUGCACCCCUUCAUGUAUAUAUAGCAUUCCUAUACCUCGGUUUUAAUUUUCUUUCGCCUUGUGAUGUCAGGUGCGCGGUAAGAGCGGUUUCCUUUUCUGACCAACAGCUUUGAGUCGCCGCCUAGGUGGGUUCCCAAGUCCAGAAACUACCGCAACUGGUACCGGGUGAACACUAGGUCCGAGUCGUCCAUAUAUUCGUUAGGCGCAUAGUGCGUUCAAGUGUGUUGUCCGUAUUCGGAUACCCAUGGGAGGCAAUGACGGGAUCUGGACCAGCCGGAUUGUCACGCAUAGUGGUGAAUUUCUAUUGGUCAACGCUAGCAUCAUCUUCAUUGGUCCAACGUAAACUGGAC